AUGCGAGGCGGCUCUUCUGAUUCAGAUCCGCAGCUUUUGAUCAUGACACAUCACUAGUGCCUGAUGAGAGAUGCUGAUGCUGCGGUGGGAGGUGCUAAGGGGAUUAGGAGUGUAUGCGCAUGCGCAGAGAUUUUCACAACAUCCAUUCAUCUCAUCUUUUGUUGGUACAGAUCAUAGAAGGAACUCAGCCAAACGAUUUAGAAAAUACGCAACGGUUUUCCUCAUCAUGACAUCACGCCUUGGACCCAGAGCUGCUGGUACCAAUGGAAGUGACUUCAAACACAGAGAAAGGGUGGCACCACAGUACCAAAUGAGUGCUUCCCUUAAGUCAGAGGUGCGGAAGUUAAACCUGGUCCACCUUCUCAUCUGGCUGCUGGUAGCAGCACAGAUGACAGUCAGCCAUUUCGACCUGGUGUCACACGACACAGUGUCCAUGCCAUACCAGUGGGAGUACCCUUACCUUCUCAGCCUUCUGCCUCUACUCUGCAGCAGCCUUUCACUUCCAAAGAACAAUAUCAGCUACCUGGUCAUAUCCAUGAUCAGUGGAGGGCUGUUUUCUGUGGCACCUCUCAUUUAUGGUGGAAUGGAGAUGUUUCCUGUAGCACAGCAGCUCUAUCGCCACGGAAAAGCCUACCGCUUCAUUUUUGGUUUCUCCGCAGUGACUGUUAUGUACCUCAUCAUGGUGGUUGCUGUUCAAGUGCAUGCCUGGCAGUUAUAUUACAUGAAAAAGCUGUUAGACUCAUGGUUCGAUUCCACUCAGGAGAAGAAGAAGAAAUAAUGGAGGAAAAAACUUUUACUGAGCAAAAUCAUUUUUCUUUUUAAAUCUGUAUUUAUGCAUAAAUUAUGAGUCCUAUAUAUUCUAUUUAUUUCAUCAUAAUGUAACAUCAUACCUACACUACAACUGCUGUCAUACACAUAUUUAAAAUAGGUUAAGAAGUAGUAUCAUGUACAUACCUGAAUCUUUUGUCCUCAUUAUUUAUCGAAAGCAGAUGAUGGGUGUCUAGCCCACAUAUUUUGGCAUUCACUGCAUUUGCACUCUCUUCAUAAUGAGUCAUAACAGCAGUUUUUCCUCUUUAUUGAACAACAGCUUAUUCAGAAAGACCAGGACAUGUUUGAAUUUUACAUUUAUGUUUAUACAAUUACACAAUUGACAUAAUUAUUUCAAGAGAUACAUCAUAGCUUAAAAAUGGAUACUUUAUUUGUUUAAUUUAUUAGUUUUACCUUUGCCUUAAAUGUGAUGAUUUUGCCUCUCCCAUAAAAGGCUAUCUUCCAAAUGUAUUUUAUACAGAAUGCAUCUUUGAGUCUGCCAUUGAAAAAUUAAAAAAGUUAACACCUUCA